AUGGGCUUUCAUAAUCCGGUGAGAAUCUAUGCGUAUGGUGACACGCUCGACCAAGGAGAUGCCUUUGACAAAACCGGAAUUUGUUACGCAGUAGAAGAUGAACACCAGCGAAGUCUCCCAAUCGCAAAAACAAUUGAUUAUGGUGAAAUGGCUGUGGACCUUAUUCUUCUCUCAACACCGAGCUAUGAGGAGCCAGCAAUUUUAGUGGUAAUCGCAAAUCCAGACGCAGAUAGCGAGUUGCAGAGGGUGCUCAAGUGUUUGCAAGCGAGAAAUCACGAUGUUUUCGUAGUAAAGCAGCCUGUUGAUGGCAGUGGUCUAUUUGACUCUGCGGAGUCAAUAAUUAAUAACACUCAACGUUUAGUUGGAGGAGAGCACAGCAAGCCGAAUUGCCGUUGCAGAUCUUAUUAG